AUGUCGGCCAUGGGCGCGUUGGAGCCGACCGCCGCCGCCUCUUCCUUCUCCUCCUCGCCCUCCUCCUCCUCGUCGUCCGCCCGGGCCGAGGCUCCGGUCCCCGCGUCCCUGUUCCGCCCCCUGAGCGCCGAGGACGAGGAGCAGCAGCAGCCCACGGAGAUGGAGUCCCUCUGCAUGAACUGCUACCGCGACGGCGUGACCCGCAUCCUCCUGACCAAGAUCCCUUUCUUCAAAGAGAUCAUCGUGAGCUCUUUUGCCUGCGAGCACUGCGGCUGGUCCAAUACGGAAAUUCAGUCGGCGGGCAGGAUCCAGGACCAGGGCGUCCGCUACACCCUGGCCGUGCGGGCCCAAGAGGACAUGAACCGAGAGGUGGUGAAGACCGACUGUGCCGUGGCUCGGAUCCCAGAGCUGGACUUUGAAAUCCCGGCGUUCAGUCAGAAAGGAGCGCUGACCACCAUCGAAGGGCUGAUCGAUCGGGCAGUCUCCGGCCUGGAACAGGACCAGCCGGCCCGCAGGGCAAAGGGCGAGGCCGUGGCGGGGAAGAUCGACGAGUUCAUCGCCAAGUUGAAGCAGCUGAAGCGGGUGGACUCCCCCUUCACCCUGAUCAUCGACGACCCGUCGGGGAACAGCUUUGUGGAGAACCCGUUCGCGCCCCACAGAGACGACGCCCUGGUCAUCACGCACUACACAAGGACUCCCCAGCAGCUGGACAUGCUGGGGCUCCAGACAGAGGAGCCCGAGGAGAGGCCAGCCGACUCUGGAGAAGAUCUCCGGAAUGAGGUGUUGCAGUUCAAUACCAACUGCCCUGAGUGCAAUGCUCCCGCCAGCACCAACAUGAAGCUGGUGCAAAUCCCCCAUUUCAAGGAAGUGAUCAUCAUGGCCACCAACUGCGAGCACUGUGGGCACCGCACUAACGAGGUAAAGUCAGGAGGGGCCGUGGAGCCGCUGGGCACCAGGAUAACCCUGCACAUCACAGACUCCUCGGACAUGUCCAGAGACCUCCUCAAGUCGGAGACGUGCACCGUGGACAUCCCCGAGCUGGAGUUUGAGCUGGGGAUGGGCGUCCUCGGGGGCAAGUUCACCACCCUGGAGGGGCUGCUCAAGGACAUCCGAGACCUGGUCACUCAGAAUCCUUUCACACUGGGCGACAGCUCCUCCUCCCGCCACGCAGAGAAGCUGGAGGAGUUUGGCAGGAAGCUGGAUCAGAUCGUUGCCGGUACCCUGAACUGUCAUUUCAUUCUGGACGAUCCGGCAGGGAACAGCUACCUGCAGAACGUAUAUGCUCCCGAGGAUGACCCGGAGCUGAAGGUGGAGCGCUACGAGCGCUCGUUCCAGCAGAACGAGGACCUGGGACUCAACGACAUGAAGACCGAGGGCUACGAGGCUGGCGGCAUCCCCCGGCGGUAGCCCCCAGCCCGCCGGAGGGGCAGGGGCAAGGAUAAUCGUUACCGUUGUAAUAGGUCCGAAGGGCGCAGCCUGGGGAUUGAGGCCGGGCUGCCCGGAGGGGGCUCGAUUGGAGCCAGGAAGCUGCCCACGCUUUCCAGACAGUAGGUGGGCAAGUCGAGGUGUUCACUGACCCGAUUUUGGAGGUCAGCGUUGGAGAGGAAGCUCACCGUCGGGCAGGUUCAAAAGCGCUUUUCCCUCAAGCCACCUCGUUUCCCCCUGCCCUGCCGCUCCCAGGUUGGCUCUCUGGAAGCAGGAGAUGGAGGCUGUGAAGGAAGUUGUGUGUUGGGGGGGUCCUAUGGGCAGACCCUCUGCCCUUCUGGGAGACAGGAGGGCAGUAGCCCUGCAGGGUGGGUGCUUAUCAAUAAACGUGUUGCCUUCAAAGCACCUCUGCCCCCUGCUCAGUCUCGAAAGCCGGGGGGAGCCCGAGGCUGAGGUU